AUGUCUAUAACCGAUAUCCCCUCUUCGGACGCCGUGUCGACCUGGGAACAGGUGUACCAUGACGCAUGGCGUCACUUUCACGGCUGCAUUGAAGAAAUUCUGAGCAGGCUCACCUGGGAUAACCCAUCCCCUGAGGAUCGUCAAGUGACGAUUGAAAAGCUGGGCCGUCUGUCCAUAGAAAUUGACAACAUUCGAAACCUGGGACAGAUCAUGUUCGAACACGUCCCAGGUUGUGAAACCGUCCGAGAGAGGCCUCUUGCAUAUUUUGUUACCGACUUCAUCCGGGAGUGCAAUGCAAUGAACUACAAGAUCAAUAUGCUCACCUGGAGACUUUUGAACCGUCAGAACAGCGAGAGGCUAGUACACAGUCGCCUUUUUAGGCUUCUAGAGUCUGUUCGAGACCGCGUCCCAGCAUGA